AUGGCUGCCAGCACUGCAGCUACAUCUCUCCUACCUCCGGUGAAGAACGUGGUGGUGUACAGGAACGGAGACCCCUUCUACACCGGACGGAGGUUCGUGGUCAACCAGCGUCAGGUGGCCACUAUGGAGGCCUUUCUGAAUGAAGUGACCCACAACAUCGGGGCUCCUCUUGCUGUCCGGACUCUGUACACCCCCAGGCAGGGCCACAGGGUCACUGACCUCCAGGACCUGCGGACAGGAGCUCAGUAUGUUGCUGCUGGCUUUGAGAGGUUCAAGAAACUGGAUUACCUGAAUGCAGGAGCAAAAAAGCAGCCUGCAACUCGUGACGAAACCCAGGCGAAAGGCAUCCAGAGGCCAAACGUUUCUGCCAAAUGGAGGAAGUUUAUACCUGUACCUUGCAUUAUACAUGUUUUCCGUAAUGGAGACCUCCUGUGUCCACCAUUCCGAUUCAUCAUUCCUCGGAGCAUGCAGCAGGACCUGGAGCAGAUCCUGAGUCUGAUCACGGAGAAGGUCAGCUUACGGACUGGAGCGGUGCGCAGGUUGUGCUCUUUGGAAGGCGUGACUGUGUCCUCAGCUGGAGAGCUGGAGACUGGCCACUGCUACGUUGCCGUGGGAACCGAGAGGUUCAAGAAACUUCCUUAUGUGGAGCUGCUGGUUUCAAAAGCAGCAGAGAGAUAUUAUCCUGGAAAGAGGAGGCUGUUGAGGAGAGCUGAGAACAGGAAAACAGGCAGCGGUCCAGAAGACCAGUACAGUGACUCAGCUCUCCUCGACUCCCCAGAGUCAGAUGGUCGGAGGGUGAAGUCGACAGGAGAUGAAGCUGCAGCACCACAAGCCUCGCAGCAGAGGCUCAGGAGAGACGGAGCAGAUGAGAACUCUGCGUUCUUUGCCAGGCCGGUCAAGAUCCGCAAGAACAGAAUGCAGAAGAGACCACCUCUCAGUAAUGGAUCUGUUCAGCCCAGUGUCUUUAAAAGAGCAGGACGGAAAAGGAGAGAGGAGGUUAGAGGAGCCGAGGAGGUGCAGGAGGAUGAAAAUACAGCCACAGAGCUUCCUGUUGAUCAGAGAGUUGCAGAAAUAGUGGAAGAUGAGGAACUAAAUGGAACAGAUGAUCCUCUGCGCAGCACACAGCAGAGACAUGCACAAAUUAUACAGAGCGAGCAGCACAGCGACCAAGAACACCCACACAAGUACAACGAAAAGCAGGCAUUGCCAUCUGAACAAGAGCAGGAGUCCACUGCUGAAAUGCGGGAACCUGAGCUGAAACAGACGUUUUCAGAGCUGAGGCCUUCAUCAUCCACCUCUCAGGGAAAAAACAGCCGAGAUAAGGAGAGCCCACAAGAUCCUCCCUCAGUUACAGCCGAAGAAAACCAUCAUCAGGAGGACGUCACAGCAUCCUAACAGUUUUCAACCACAGCUGAUAACCAAGUGAUUACUGCUUGUACAAUGCGACUAAAUGAAUGUUUGAUUCAGUUGAUAGUGUUUAAUGAGCCAAGUAACAAAAUUAAUUUAUGUUUUCUUUUAGAACAAUGUAAAAGUAAAAUAAUGUGAAUAUUCUUGGGACCAAAAAUGAGGAAACAAAAAAACACUGUAAGAGAUGGAUACAGUAUCAGACUUUACUACACCUCAAACAAACACAUUCCGGAUGUCUGAAGUCUCCUAAAAAUGCAGCUUAUUGUACAUGUUUAUGAUAUUGUGUUGAUCCUGUUUUAAAGGGAUUAUUCUAAUACUGAUCUCUGUACAUGUUAAAUUGUGCAUUCUCUUCCACUAUUCCAUAUGCAGUAUGUAUAUAAAAAACCAUACUUUUGGAAAAUUUUAGCCCUAGGUAUUUGAUUUGUAUAAAAAUGUGAUGAGAACAUAACGUCAAUGGAGAGAGUUGUGUUGCCAACAUUUUAUUAAUGAAAUAUCAGCGACAGCACAGGAAUAGAUACAAUGACAAGUCAUCUGUACAGUGUCUUGCAUCAAUUAAAUACUGUGACAAUAAAAAUAUAUAUUACUACGUACAA